GUGCAAGAGAAAACAAUGAUGAAAUAUAUUUCUAUCUUGGCCAUCUUGGUUCUAUUCCUAGUGUUCUUUGAAAUGCCAACAAUAAAGGCCAACGUCAAUGAAGCUUGCCUCAGGGAAUACAACCCCACCGAAUUUGAGAUGCCAGAUAUAGCUCUUUGUAUGAUUCCGUCCAUGCCGUCUAUGUGCGUUAAAAAAUGCAGAGAAACUAGGGAAGGUGCUAAAGGCGGAAAAUGCGAAUUUGGAGAGUUCCCAGACGAUGUUAAAUGUUUCUGCAACUACUGCUUUGCAGAUCCUACACCACUGCUCAUAACCAAACCAACGGAUGCUUGAAGCAACGUCCCACAGAGUCCAAUAUUUGAAGCU